AUGGCUGGAAAGUUUGAGCCCAAGACUGCCGUCACCCUCGACCCUCCAAAGGACGACAUCAUCUCCAAGGAGGAGCUUGCCAAGGCCAACGGCGCUACUGAAGGAGGCAAGUGCUACGUGGCGAUCAAGGGCAAGGUUUAUGAUGUUACUGGAAAUAAGGCCUACCUCCCUGGAGCUUCCUACAAUGUCUUUGCCGGCAAGGAUGCUUCAAGAGCUCUAGCCAAGUCCUCGACAAAACAGGAGGAUGCGCUUCCAGAGUGGCAGGACUUGGAUGAUAAGGAGAAGGGCGUUCUCAACGACUGGAUCACUUUCUUCUCCAAGCGGUACAACAUCGUUGGUGUUGUGGAGGGCGCCACAAACCAGGAGUGA